GUCCUGCUGUAGGCAGUCUGCUCGAUCUCCUCCGCACACACUCCUUCACAACCAGCCUCCGUCUCUCACAUACACUCCUGUCUCCAACUAUUCUGACAAUAUGUUUAAAACUGGAUAUACCCCAAGCAGCACACCCUUCUGGAGCAUCUGAACUAUUUGAGCACUCGAUUCAGGAGAGGGAAGAUCAGUCAGCGGUGAGGUAUGAGUUGUGCUUGAAUAAGCCUUCAAGGAGGGGAUUCUUCCACUUUACACUGAAAAACUACUGAAGUUUUGGAUGUCCAGGAUGAGUCUUAAGAAGAGGAAACCAAGCAUGGUGUUCAGCUGGCACAAGUCUUUCACCAUCCUUGCCCCGUGGAGAAAAGGUAAAAGGGAUAUUGUUCUAGACAACGAGGUUGUACUGACAAAAAUGAAGGUCCUCAACAACUUCCCUGAGAAACUUCUCAAUGUUGAGGAUUCCAUUUCAACCAUCUCCAUUUCAAUGUCUGAGCAGGAUAACACUGGACCUCUCCAGGCUGAUGAAGUAAUCUCCAUCCACAGUGCUGCUCCUGAGACAACUGUCUCUGAAUCAAAAAAUGACUAUCUAUCUUCUAUUUUUGCUGAUUCUGAGCUUCCAAGAUUGUACAAAUUUGAAUCUAAUGACUCUGGGGUAGAGAUGACUAGUGGAGCAACUUCUCCAUCCACCCCAACUGGUUCAGAACACAGCUUUGUGGUCCACAGUAGAGAGUCUUCAUGUGACUCUGACAGCCUGAACUCUCCUGUACCUGCUGACAAUCCUCUUGAAGACAAUUCAGUCUUCUUGGAAACUGAACAAACAUCUUGUAAGUGUCUUAAUCAAGACACACUUACAAUCUUGGGAGACAGAACAGAGGAUGAGAAUGUUGAUAAUGAUUUAAUAGACAUCACAGUAGAUUCAGAGAGGUCCGAGGACAGAAGCCUGAGGAACACCAUGAAGAACUGUAAGGAUGCCAUUGAAAUCAUGGCAGCACGGGAGGAAAUAACAGACACUGCAAUGUCUGAGGACACAAUGUCAAGUAACCAGUGUUCUACAGAAGCUUGCAAUGGCAAAACAGGACCUGAUUUUCAGCAACAGCCUUUGAGGAAAAGUACAACCAGUAACAGUCUGGAUGAAUACAUGGAAGAGUGCUGCAGGCUAAGUGAGGUGAACCAAGCCAAUCAGUCCAACCCUCUGGGCUCAGGACUGGGCUACCUAGAGCACAUCUGCCAACUCAUAGAGAAGAUUGGACAGCUGCAGGAACACAACCUUCGACUACAGAAACAGAUCUGUGGCCUGCAGAAGGAAGGCCGUGUGAUCAAGACUAAAGAGGAUUUUUUUAUGCAGCACUGUAGCUGUGGAGCAGCCAACCUGGCCUUCCAAGAGCUCAAGAGACACUUUUGCAGUGACCACUACAGCCUGAUGGCAUCAAACAGCACACUGUCUGACCUCAGCACAAUCCCUGAGGUCACACGCAUCCCCCUCAGUGCAGCCAUGGGAGAUGGUGACAUGGGCUGCCAACAGGCUCUUCCUGUUUGGAGGAGGAGGGGUCUAAAUCGAAGGAGCUACACAGAGGGAGAGGCAAAGUACCUGAGUGACAGCGCUGAGGUCCUCUCUGCUCCACACAGACGGUUGACUGAGAACUAUACAUGGGGGAAAGUGAAGGAUCUGGUGAAGAAGACCAAACUGAGGAACCAGAGCCGGCUGGGACUGUCUUCUGGCUCCCUGAAGAGAUCGUGUCCACAGCUUUACCGCCCAGAUGUGAUGUCAGCAGAACGUCCCAGGACAAACAGAAGCUCCAUGAUCGCUCUGGGCCAUCAGAAACUGGACUAUCUGUGGCCACAGUAGUAUUAAUCAGACAAUGAGUAGACGGCCUGCGAUGGUGCAGCUUAUCUGAAAAGCAAAGGACAAAGUGGUGGUUUUUGCAAUUUGCAGAUGGUUUUUCCAGACUGAGGAACAAGAUGGGAGAAAAAUACACAAUGAACGGGAUUUGAAUAAUGACAGAGAAAAAGUUGGUAUUGUGUGUGUAUAAUACUAAGAGAGAGGUUUAUAUGUUGAUGAAAGUGUUGAGUUGACCGGUUGAUGGAGCUUGUGUGGCAAGACAUUUCUAUAAAUGUCUUUAAUUCAAAUAAAGCACUCAUUAGAUUUAUCAGCUAAUGAGGUACUGUAAAAGACUACAUAUACACGGAAAAAUGAUUUACAGAAUGUGAUCCGACAAAGGGAAUUACAGCAAGCCCUUAUGUAUACACUGAUAUAAAUUUCUGCCAGGACUAUUUACCAGACACCGUCCUAAUUGUAAAGUACUUGAAAUACAUCCAAAUGAUAACAGCUGUUGACCAUGUUGGCUAUAACUUAAUAUAGAUCAUUUUGUACAACUAUUAUAAGAACUGCCAUGUGUAAGUGUGUAUAUACAGACAGAACAAAUAUGCAUGUAUCCAUGAAGCAUGGAUCAUAUGUGCAGAUGAGAGUGGAUAAGAGGCGCUCCCACGUCUGAAUUCCUCUAUCUACAGACGUAUAUAUCGCUGUGAUGAUGGGGCUUAUGAUAACAUGUAAAUGACUUAUGGUAGUUCUGUACGCAGCUCGCCUGUCUGAUGUUAUAUAUUGUGUGUGACCUUUCACUUCCCUAAAAAAUAAACAAUGCCCAGAAUCUGAA